AUGGUAAUGACAGGAGAAUUCACUGGAAGGCUUGGGAUCGUUUAUGUUUGCCUAAGAAGUUUGGGGGGCUUGGGUUUCAAGGACUUGAGAGCUUUUAAUUUGGCUAUGCUAGGCAAGCAGGCCUGGCGGUUCCUCACCAUGCUAGACUCUCUUGUUGCUAGAAUUUAUAAAGCAAGGUAUUUUCCUAAGUCCUCGUUUGUUGAUGCAAAGUUGGGAAGUUGCCCUAGCUAUUGUUGGCGCAGCAUUAUGGCUGCCCAUGAUAUGGUGUGUGGUGGAGUAAGGCGAAGAAUAGGCGAUGGAAAGACCACUCUCAUUUGGGGACACCUCUGGUUACCUGAUGACCCUACCCCAAUGAUUAACACUGCUAUGCCUGCAGCAUUGAGCGGCUCUUUGGUAUCCGGCCUAAUGGUGGAGGGCUCACCAACUUGGGACCAAGCUAUUCUGUCAGACAUUUUCCUCCCGGACGAUAUAAAUCGAAUCUCAAGGAUCCCAAUUUCCCCCAGUCAUGAGGAUUCUUGGCUUUGGUAUGACGACCCAAGAGGUUUAUAUUCGGUAAAGAGUGGUUACAGGCACAUCAUGGGGGAAUUGGGAGAUAACCCCAUGGUAUUUGAUAAGUGGAACUUGCUAUGGAAAAUUAAGGUACCCCCAAAAUGGAAGACUUUUUUGUGGAGGGCUCUCAAUAAUAUUCUUCCUGUAACUACAAAUCUUCUUAUAAGAAGGGUAGAAGUGGACCCAACAUGUCCCAAGUGUGGUCUUGAACAUGAGGAUUUAAUGCAUGCUCUUGUAUUAUGUGAUUAUUCCCAAUUAAUUUGGCAUGAAUCUGAAUUGCCCAUCUAUUCAAUUACGGGUCACACUUUUGAUGUUUGGUUUGCAAAUAUUCUACACACUUUGACUGAGGACCAUGUGGAUUUUGUGGUGGCAGUUUUAUACCAUCUGUGGCAAGCAAGAAAUGCGGCUCUAUGGGAGAACACUUUACCUAUGCCCAGAAAGUUGCUGACUCAGGCAGGAGUGACGCUCAACUGUCCAUUGUCGAGGCCUUACCAUUCCGACUCUAUGAAGGCUUCAUAUGGAGCUGUGCUACUGUCACCAAAUGGAGAGUUUGCUGCGGCAUGUGCGGGAAGGUUACCGGACUGUUUUUCCCCACUCAUGGCGGAGGCGCAUGCAUGUAAAGAAGUCCUGUUAUGGUUGACGAACAAGGAGGUGACGGACGUCCAACUGCACACGGACUGUGCGCAACUCCAGGCUGGCUUAACAUCUUUACGCUCUUCCUUCCGGUCCUAUGUAGGUUUCACGAUUGAGAAUUGCAAGUCUUCUAUUUCCACAUUUAAUCACUGUCAUGUUUGUCUAAUUCCUAGAACAGCAAACAUUAGUGCCAAUACACUUGCCACUUUGGCGUUUUCUCAGGAUGAGACUCUGUUCUGGGACUCUGUCCUUCCCGUUUCUAUUUCUGCGUUUUUGCAUUAA